GUGAAAAGAUAAACACAAAACAAAAACACAGAGCAAAUAAAGAGAGCAAAUAUAUAUAGAGAGAGAUAAACUAAGACUAUUAUUGAACAGAUAAAAAAAAUGGGGAGAUCUCCAUGCUGUGAGAAGCUAGGAUUAAAAAGAGGUCCAUGGAGCAAAGAAGAAGAUGAUUUACUCAUAAAUUACAUUAAUAAAAAUGGUCAUCCAAAUUGGCGUGCACUUCCCAAACUUGCAGGUCUAUUAAGAUGUGGAAAGAGUUGUCGACUCCGAUGGACUAAUUACUUGAGACCUGAUAUUAAGAGAGGGAAUUUUACUCCUGAAGAAGAAGACACCAUUCUCAAGUUGCAUAAAGUUCUUGGAAAUAGGUGGUCUGCGAUUGCAGCAAGACUUCCAGGAAGAACAGACAACGAAAUAAAAAACGUUUGGCAUACUCGUCUGAAGAAGAAAAUGAAUGAAUCUCAAUCUGGAGAAACACCAGAGAUACAAGAAGAAACAAUGGAAACAUCAAAAUUCGAAGAAAACUUGAACAUACAUUCGAAGCCCGAAAAUUCUAAUUUGGACAUACAUUUGGAGCCCAAAAAUUUUAAGGAUAAUUCUGAAAUAUCAAGUCCUAAAAUGAAUCCCGAAAUUCAGCAACAACCAAGUUCUUCCUUAUGUUCAUCAUCGUCGAUAUCAUUGAGUGAAGAUUCAUGUUCAAACACAACUGCUACGAGUUCACUUGUAAACGAGUCAAGAGAUCAAAUAAUGUUGGAUAAUUUGCUUGAAGUUGAUGACGAUUUCUGGUCCGAGGUACUAUGGGCACCGGUCGAUGACUUUAAUAAUAAUGACAAUAAUCUUGAUUUGUCAUUAAUGGAGGAAAAUUACCAGAUUAAUUCAAGCUUGAACGAUAACUGGAUUUGGGAUGAUCUUUUUUCAAGAUCCAAUGAGUUGAUGUUAGAAUUGCCUGAAAUAUGAAUCUUGGAUCCGGCUUGUAAUGAAGGGCAACUCUUUUUUGGAUGGCUUAGUGACAAUUGGGAAGGACAAAAGUGUAUGGCAUAACAUUGAUGCUUAUGUGUCUCUGUUUCAUUUGACAGAGAGCUAAAGACAGCAUUGUUGUCCACACUUCGCUUCAUUCUUCUCCUACAGACUAAAAAAGAAAGAGUACCAGCAUAAAAGGGAUGGAAGGAAUAUCAUAGAAGAUUUAAUUAGGAAAACAUACUCGACUCUUACAGGUUGAUCCACUUGGUUCAACUGUUCGUCAAGCAGGUCAUGUUUGGCGAAUCAUUUUAAUGGUUUGGGCCCUUCCUACUCUUCUGACAUAAUAUUGGAGAAGAUGCCCGAAAUUGCAGAUAUGGAAAAAGUUAUGCAUGUAGACAUUGAAACAUUGCAUAAUGAAGACCUAAAAUAGCUGCUAGUAAUAUGGAUUUUGGUUUAUUCUCUAAACAAUUUGUUCGUAGACUUGGGCUUCAGUUAAUUGGGAUAACAAGCACAUGGUUGCUUCUUGA